CAUGUUGCAAACGUGGGGAGAACGACUUGCAAACAUGGAUAAGAUUUCAAUAGUUGCCCUGUUUUUUUUUACAGCUACAAUUCCUCCUCUAGCAUCAACAAUUAAUGCUCAAGUUGAAAACAAGGCAUUUCUUUCAACCACAUCAAUUACAACUGAAACAGCUACAAAAACCACUACUAUGGUACCAUGGACCACGACAAAGGAAUUCGCAACUGCGACCAUGGCCAAUAAAGCCCACAUGAAGCGCUUCAGCCUAAACAGCGAUGAAUGCCACGAUCACAACCACCGACACCAUCGACGCCACCGACACUGCAGACCUACCACGCGACCUGCAAAAAUGACAAGUCUCAGUUCAACAACAACAUCCGUCAAUGCAAUGCUGAGUUCUGGAGUACAGCUUACCUCAACUACUGCACAAUGGAGCACAUUACUCACUGCUACAAGUUAUGUGACCACACCAUCAUCUAGUAGUCCUGCUACUACUGCAAAAACAACCACUACAACACCAGUUCCAGCAGCGGCAAAAUCCAUCACUACACCUCUUGCUCCUACAGCUGCAGACUUCACCACUUCACCUCCUGCUCAUAUAGUGGCACAGUCCACAAUUACACCACCAGCUCCUACAGAGGAAAAAUCCACAACUACACAUCCUGUUCUUACAGUGACACAGUCCAAAACUACACUUCCAGUUUCUACAACCACAGAUUCCAUCACUGAACCUCAUGCAACAACUGCACAAUCCCCUGCUACAACUCCUGCUCCUGCAGCCGCAGACUCCAUAACUGAACUUCCUGCAACAGCUGGACAAUCCACAGCUACACCUCCUGCUCCUACAGUAACACAAUCCAAAACUACUCCAAGAGCAACACAAUCGACUGCUGCACCACCACCUUUUAUACCUGCACAAUCCAACACUACACCAACUUCUACAGUAGCUCAGUCAACAAAUAUACACCCUGAUCCUAGAGUAACACAACCCACAGCUACACCUUCUGCUACUACAACUGCACACUCUAUCACUACACCACAAUCUCCAACAAUGGAACAAUUCACAACUAUGCCAGCAGCUCCUACAAUGGCACAAUCCAUGACUUCGCCUGCAAACCUGACAGUGGCACAAUCCAACGCCACUCCAACUCCCACAGUAACAAAAUCCACCACCACACCACCACCUCCUGUAGCCAUAUCUCCUACAACAACUGUACAAUCAACAUCCACACCAAAAGUUCCAAUAGCAACACAAUCCACAACGACACCAUCUGUUCCUACAGCCACACAAUCCAUCAAUACAGUACCAGCUCCUACAGUGACAAUAUCCACCACUACACCUCCUUUGCCUAAAGAACAACAAUCCACAACACUACACUACCAGCUCCUACAGCCACAGACUCUAUUACUGAACCUCCUCCACAGACUUCACCACUACACCACCAGCUUCUACAGUGGCACAAUCCACCGCUACACAACCAGUUACUACAGUGGUACAAUCCACCAUCACACACUCCAGCACUACAUCUCUUGCAAGAACCGCAUAUUCAACCAGCACACCUGCUGCUCCUAUAGUGGCACAGUCCACGUUACCUUCUUAUUCUACAUUGGCACAAUCCACCUCUACUCUUCCUGCAACAUUUGCACAACUCACCACUACACCACCAGCUCCUACAGGAAUAAAGUCCACAACUACACCUCUUUUGUCUGCAGUGGGACAGUCCACCUCUACACCUCCUUCAACAAUUACACAAUCCACAGCAACACUUCUUGCUCCUACAGCAACACAAUGCACCGCUACACCUCCUUCUCCUAUCGCAGCACAAUCCAUCACUACACCUGCUCCUACAGCCACAGACUCCAUCUGUACGCCUCCUAUGACAAUUGCGCCAUACAGUACUACAACUGCCACCACUUGACCAUCACAGACAUAAGCAGAACCAUUUCCUCUACACCAAGUACUCCAGAAUCUCACAAUCAUGCCGACCAGUACCGCGACAUCAACGACUACUGCAACGACUACAUCUCCCACGACAACAGAUAG